ACUUUCCACUCUCUACUCCCUCGCAGUCCGAGUUGUCCAUGAUCCACACAAAGGAGUUAGUGGUUAAAGCUCCAUAAAUGGCACGUUUCUUAUGAAAUGCGUUACUUGUUGUUGAAAUUUAGAAGUUUCUCGAAAUCCUCUGAUGGGCAGAUGGUGAGCUCGUCGAGUUAGGUUUAAGCAUUUGGGCACAAUCUAUCAAAGCACGUAGGAGGAUCUUGUGAAUCUGUCGAGAGAUUUUACGGGAAACGGGACGAGAAAUCAGAAUUGUCGAGUACACACAGGUCUGCACUGGACUGGUCGGGGUUUGGAAGGUGGGAGGGAGGUGGGCGGUGUUGGUAUUCUAGAAGAAUAUUGCCACUUGAAAGUCCAUGAAAGAUCUUCUCGAGCAUAUUUGAAAGUGAGAUGCUGUAAUCUGUCCAGCUGAGCAUUAGCAUGAUGGACGAGGCUCCGUCUGCAGUCCCCCUCUCGUUCUCGUCGCCCUCUUCUCCAGAAAUUCCUGCCCUCGUGCCCGUGGCCUUGCCAGAUGAGUUGGAAUUUCCCGAGGACAAAUUCGAUGGCGAGGAAGAUUCUGCGAAAGCCGGACCCAAUGCUCCGAGUACUGACAAAUCAGUAACCUUGCUCGACAACGAAGAACAAGAAGCGGUCGGAAUUACAAUGAUAACGGGCUAUCUCGGAUCCGGGAAAACCACGCUGGUGAAUUACAUUUUGAAAGAACAGCAUGGGAGGAGAAUUGCUGUGAUUUUGAAUGAGUUUGGUGAAGAGCUGGGGAUUGAAAGGGCGAUGAUAAACGAAGGUGCGCAAGGAUCACUGGUGGAGGAAUGGGUGGACCUUCCCAACGGAUGUGUAUGCUGCUCGGUGAAACACAGUUUUGUGCAAGCCAUCGAACAGUUGAUGGAACGGCGAGAGAGAUUUGACUACAUUUUGCUGGAGACCACUGGACUGGCUAAUCCAGGUCCCGUUGCUUCAAUUCUUUGGGUCGACGACCAACUCGAGGCUUCUGUCCGCCUUGAUUCCAUCGUCACGGUUGUGGAUGCAGGAAAUUUCUUGCGACAGCUGCAUGAGCCACGAGAGGCAGGGAGUGUCACCGAGGCUUACCUACAAAUAGCAUAUGCGGAUGUGGUGAUCCUUAACAAGACAGAUUUGGUCAAAGAUGAAUCUGGUCAUAGCACCUUAGAAAAGAUUGAACGUGAAAUCAAAAGCAUCAACGGGAUGGUCAAAAUCGUCCACUCGGAGCGAUGUCGAGUAGAUCUCGAUGACGUUCUCGACUGCAAAGCCUAUGGCAUUAAGCAUUCCGUGGACUUGGAGGCUCUGCUGAGUAAACCGGUGGAUGAUAAUGUACAUGACAGCGCUGUCAAAACCAUCAGCUUUAAGCUGGAUGGUCCAGUGGACCUUGAAAAAGUGAAUGAGUGGCUUGGAAACUUGUUGUGGGAACCCUCCGAUAAAAUGGAAAUCUAUCGCAUGAAGGGCGUCUUAGACAUUCAUGGCAGUGGUGAGAUGCACAUGCUGCAGGCUGUGCGCGACCUUUAUGAGAUUGUUCCAACCAGAAAAUGGAGAGAAGGUGACAAGCGUAUCAACCACGUUGUGCUUAUAGGAAAAAAUCUUAACAAGGACACGAUAAUAGAGAUGUUCAAUCACUGUUUGGUCUCAAAGGUCUUGAGCUUUGACCCAUGAAGUCAUUGCCGUCGAUCGCAACUCACGCCAAAGUGUUUCUCACCCUCCUCUUGGAAGGGCUUAGUAAACUGCACUUGCCUAUGCUUUGUGAGAAUUUCCUACCUUGAGACUUGAGAACUGUGGAACGCGUGUGUCAUCUGUAUCAUGGCCGAGGUGUACAAUUUUGAAGAACUGAGCAUGAGCUCAUUAUGUUAGGCAUCUGGGAAUGUAUUGAACAGCUACAGCAGAAUUCCAGUUAAGUAGUUGGACGAUGAGGCAAUUCGAAGGAACUGCAAUGGAGGAUAAAUUAUACCAGGCUUAGCCACUAUUUGUUGUCUUCCAAGUUUCUUUCUCGCAUUACUAUUCCAGAGCUCUCUGAAGAACCGGACUUAUAUCUUCAAUUUGAAGUCAGCACCUGUUGUUGUCUACUAUGCCUCGUGUUUUUGGCUUGCGCGACCAGAUGAAUCCUGGGGCUUAGAUUGUCCUCAGGCGAACGAAAGUCAAAGUUAUUAAACAUUGAGUAUCCAGAUUCUUAAUUUAUGAAUCUAUUUGAAGGCGUCCG